GAACCGUUCGGACGCGAAUCCGGGAAAUCCGGAAGGAAAGUGAAUCGAUUGUGAGUGUACUAUAAGUAGCGAAGGAUAUUUUGACGCAAAGAAGCAAAGCAGGCUAAGCAGCUCUUGAGCAGUGAGUGAGUGGUGAUAACUGAAAGAACAACAUUGACAGCUAUUCAGAGGACGACAUCGCAGAAGCAGUAGCAGCAGUACGAGCAAAAGUAGGCGCAGAGAGUACAGCUGGGCCAACAACCGCAAACAAUCGUAUUGUCGGAUCUUUUAACCCCUGAUAAACCGAGAACCGGAUGUAGAUCAAUGCAUCCGAACGCAACACGACGACCGGCGACUCUCGACGCGCGGUGGUGGCAGGUGCAGGUGAUUUUCGGUCUGCUGUUUGUGUUGGUGGCUGUUGCGUUGGUUCCGACGGCAGCGGCCCUACGAUGUGACCGGGCGCCGGAGGGAUCCGGGGCGAGCAAGUCGCCCGCCGAUGGACGUUUCCGGCUCAGAAUUUCCGGCAAUCCGGAUAAGUACGUUCCCGGAGAGUCGUACACAAUCAGCCUGGUCGGCAUCCGGUCGAUGCAGGUGCCGCACAAGUUCUCCGGAUUCUUCCUGGCCGCCGAGAAGGAGUUGACCCUGAGUCGUCCGGAGCCGCAAAACAACGCCGGUAUGCACCACGUGGGCACAUUCCACCUUCUAGGGGACGCCCUGACCAAGUUCAGCGAACGCUGCCCGAACGCAGUAACCCAGACCAGCUCGAUACCGAAAAGUGAAAUCCAAGUAAACUGGAUAGCUCCACCGGCCGGCAGUGGUUGCAUAGCGAUCCGGGCCACUGUUGUGGAACAUCGCGACGUUUGGUACAUGGACGAUGGACCGUUGAGUAAGAUUUUCUGCGAAGACGAAGCGGACUCGGUGGACACGCAGCCACCGGUUCUGAAGGAAUGCUGCGCAUGUGACGAAGCCAAGUACGAGCUGACGUUCGAAGGACUUUGGUCCAGGCACACGCACCCGAAGGAUUUCCCAUCCAAUGGGUGGCUGACGAGAUUCAGCGAUGUCAUCGGAGCGUCCCACACGGUGGACUAUCGAUUCUGGGAGUACGGACAGGUGGCCAGUGAAGGCCUGAAACAGGUUGCCGAGCACGGAUCGACGAGGAUGCUGGAAAGCGAGUUGAAGAACCAAAGCGACAAGAUCCGUACGAUCAUCAAGGCCAGAGGCAUAGCGUAUCCAAACGUGACGGGAAAGACCUUCGCCGUGUUCCGAGUAGACUCCAACCACCACCUGGUAUCGAUCGUCUCGAUGUUGGACCCUUCGCCGGAUUGGAUCGUAGGAGUCUCCGGAUUGGAGCUGUGCUUGACAAACUGCUCCUGGAUCGAGAACAAGAUCCUGAAUCUCUACCCAUGGGACGCCGGAACCGAUAGUGGUCCAACGUACAUUUCCCCUGACCAACCAACGAAUCCACCGGAUGCGAUCCGAAGAAUCAAAUCGAACUACCCGAACGAUCCGCGAUCACCCUUCUACGAUUCAACUGGCGCUGAGAUGAAGCCACUCGCCCGUAUCAUCCUGUCCCGUCAGCGACUGUACGAGAAGAACUGCGAACCGGAUGACGAAGACAACGAGUCCAAGCAGGCCUGCGAAACGGAACCGUGGGACGAGUGGACCGAGUGCAGCUCCCGAUGCGGCAAGGGACGCCAAACCCGUCGUCGGGUGUUCAAAUAUCCGGUGAAGGCCAAGCAGGCCGAUUGGCUAUUCGAGCGAAGACCGUGCGUCGGACCGGAACGGGAUUGCGACUACCAGACCAGCCAGGAGCUGGAUACACUCUACCAGGGCGAUCCGGAGUGCGAGGUGACCGAGUGGGGCCCGUGGAGUGAGUGCAGCACUCCGUGCGGCAAGGGCAACAAAACGCGAUCCAGGAAGUACAAGAAGAAGGGAGCGCGCAAGAAGUGCGAACGGAUGCCGAAUCCGCCGAAACUGCAGCAUACGGUGCCGUGCAGCGAGGAGUGCGCCGGGGACAUUUCGCAGCCGGUGAUCAGUGCCAAUCUCAACCCCGAGUGCAAGAUGUCCCAGUGGUCCGAGUGGGGUCCCUGCAGCGUGACGUGCGGUCUGGGCCGAAAGAUGCGGACCCGUAUGCCACUGAAUGCGGCCUUGAACACCAAGAUGCACCACAAGCGCUUCGUCAACUACUACCUGGCGAGAAGGCGGCCAACGGCGAACGAUGACGACGAGGAUGAUGACGAGGAAGACGAUUACGACAAUGGGUUGAACAUCGACCGGGAUGAUCCAUGCUAUGGGGUAGAAACUGUGGAGGAGGUCACCUGCGGGCACGAUCUGCCAGCGUGUGACGGCUUGUACGGAGUUCCCGAACUGUGCUUCCUGGAACCAAAACCUGGUAACUGCAGGGAUUCGCAGACUCGCUGGUACUUCGACAGCGACAAAAAUGACUGUUCGAUUCUGUUCUUCACCGGCUGUGGUGGAAACAAUAACAACUUCAUGUCCAGGGAGGACUGUUUGGACACCUGUAGCAAAGAUCGAAAGUUUACGAAUAUUCCGAUCCGUGAUCAGACGAUCAUAAAUUCUGACUACUCACCGGACUUCAAGCAGGACUGCAAGACUUCCCAUUGGAAGCGAGGUCCCUGCAAUGCCACUUGCGGUGAAGGUUACCGCGUGAAGAGUCGAACCAUUCUGGUCCACCCCGCAAACGGCGGCCAUCGCUGUCCGAGGAAGCUUCGCAAGCUAGAGCGCUGCUUCGUACACUGUGACUCAUCCCGGCACGACACGAAUCCCUCGUGGGGUCCCAGCACCCGGUACUCGCCGGAACCGAUCGAGUGCGACUACUCGGCCUGGUCGGCGUGGUCUCCGUGCAGUAGAACGUGCGGAGAUUACGCAGUCCAACAGCGGACCCGUUACGUGGUGAACUCGGAACACGCCCGAUACUGCCCGCACCGGCUCGAGGAACGGAAAUGUGAUAUAAUGCCCUGUUUGUUGGGCAACUGAGCCGGGCGCAGCACGCGAGGUGAGAUUUAUUUACUGAUUUAUGAAAAUACUCAUUUUACAGGAAAUUAUUAAAGCACACAUUUCGAAUAACUGACAGUCACAAGAAAAAGACAACAACUGAACCGAAGAGGUAAACUGCAUACACACAAAAGAAAAAAAAACAAGGUGUUUUGAUUAUCGGUGUAGUUAAUGUUUGAUUUAUCGAAGAGUUAAUUUUACAAAAAAAAAAUCGCAAACAUGCGGUUGCCAUAUACAUAAAAGUGUAAUCAAAAUAUCAGCACAUAUAAGUAAAUUAGGGAAACAACUUUUGUACAAGAACAUAAUGGGAGAGACAACAAAUCGCCCAAGCAGACAAAACAACUUCAACUUCAACUUCAAUAAUUAAAAAAAAAAACUCCCCGAAGGUUGAUUAUAAGCAAUGGCUUGGGUGUGUAGUUGCUAAGCCAAAUAAUUAGAUUAAUGAUUAUAGUUGCAGUGACGACAAUGUAACAACAACAACAACAACAACCAGUCUUAAGGUGAUUAAACAAUAAAUCAUGGAUGCAUAUUAGAAAGAAGAAAUGCAAUGUCAAAUACCUACUCGGAA